AUGGACGCCGAUUUCCGUGCAAUGGACUCUCACCAGGAGCACUCGGUGUCCGAGUCCAGGACUUAUACUUCCUCUGCCCAACACUCUAGUUCGAAUGGACAGAACUAUCACAACGAGUCCUCCGCCCAAAACUUUGGUUCCAAUGGACAAAACCACCAUACCGAAAACUCCGAGGAGCCCUCCGAACAGUCCGCCUCUAUCGAACAGGUCAACAACCAGACCGCAGAACCCAUCAAAUUGACCUCCACCUCCUCAUCCCUGAGCUCAUCUCUUGCAAGCGAAGAUGGCCGCUGGGGUGAGCAGGAGAAGGGCGAGCCUGUCUCCCGCCGCGGCGCAAUGGAAGACCUGGAGGAAAUGCGCCGCGAACUGACCCGUCUCAGUCUGCACCGCACCCGGUCGACCACUAAGAGUGCCCGACGCCUGAAGUCACGCACCAGCCGCCGCGACGAGGAGAAGGGCAAGGAGGAGGAAAGCGAAGUCGAGACUGAGGACUUCGAUCUGGGUGAGUUCCUCAUCGGUGGUCAUCUGGAGCGCCGGACCACCGCCGGCGAACCCGCCAAGAAGGUCGGUGUGGUCUUCAAGAACCUCACCGUCAAGGGUGUCGAGACUGGCGCAUCGUUUGUGCGUACUCUCCCCCACGCCGUGGUGGGAACAUUCGGUCCGGAUCUGUAUAACCUCGUCUGCCGCGGUGCGGUGCGUGAGGGUGAGAUGAUGCUCGUGCUGGGUCGUCCUGGGGCGGGUUGUACCACUUUCCUCAAGGCCAUUGCCAAUGACCGGGCUGCGUUUGCUGGUGUUGAGGGUGAGGUCAGCUAUGGCGGUCUCUCGUCUGAAGAUCAGAACAAGUACUUCCGUGGCGAGGUCAACUAUAACCCGGAGGAUGAUCAGCACUUCCCUUCUCUCACUGUCUGGCAGACUCUGAAGUUCUCCCUCAUCAACAAGACCCGCAAGCAUGACCGUGAAAAUAUUCCUGUUAUCAUUGAUGCCUUGUUGAAGAUGUUCGGUAUCAGCCACACCAAAAACACACUUGUUGGUAACGAGUACGUGCGCGGUGUGUCGGGAGGUGAGCGGAAGCGUGUCAGUAUUGCCGAAACCCUGGCCACCAAGUCGUCCGUCGUCUGCUGGGACAACUCAACCCGCGGUCUGGAUGCCAGCACCGCUCUGGACUACGCCAAGUCUCUACGCAUCAUGACAGACGUCAGCAAGCGCACAACCUUCGUCACUCUUUACCAAGCCGGUGAAAGCAUAUACGAGCUCAUGGAUAAGGUCAUGGUCAUCGACGCCGGCCGUAUGCUCUACCAAGGUCCCGCCAACGAGGCCCGCCAGUACUUCGUCAACCUCGGCUUCCACUGCCCUAGUCAAUCCACCACUGCCGACUUCCUGACUUCCCUCUGCGACCCCAACGCCCGUCAGUUCCAGCCCGGCCGUGAGGCGUCUACCCCCAAGACCGCCGAGGAACUCGAGAAUAUCUUCAAGAACAGCGCCUCCCACAAGUAUAUCGAGGAUGAUGUUUCCAGCUAUGAGAAGCGUCUCCAAGAUACCCAACAGGAGGAUACCCGUCGCUUCCAGUCGACUGUUGCUCAAUCGAAGAGUAAGACCGUCUCCAAGAAGUCGCCGUACACCGUCUCGCUCGUGCGCCAGGUCAUGGCCUGUGUGCAGCGUGAGUUCUGGCUGCUGUGGGGUGACAAGACGUCUCUCUACACCAAGUACUUUAUCAUCAUCUCUAACGGUCUCAUUGUCUCGUCCCUGUUCUACGGAGAAUCACUCGAUACCAGCGGUGCAUUCUCGCGUGGUGGUGCUCUCUUCUUCUCGAUUCUGUUCCUUGGUUGGCUCCAGCUGACCGAGCUGAUGCCUGCUGUGACUGGACGUAGCAUUGUUGCCCGUCACAAGGAUUACGCUUUCUACCGUCCGUCUGCUGUCUCGAUUGCCCGUGUGGUGGUUGAUUUCCCGGCUAUCUUCUGCAUGGUUGUGCCGUUUACGAUUAUCGUUUACUUCAUGACUGGUCUCGAUGUGGAUGUUUCCAAAUUCUUCAUCUACUUCCUGUUCGUGUACACGACUACUAUUUGCAUCACUUCGCUCUACCGCAUGUUCGCUGCCCUGUCGCCGACCAUCGAUGACGCGGUUCGUUUCGCUGGUAUUGGACUGAAUUUGCUCAUUAUCUACGUCGGCUAUGUGAUCCCCAAGCAGAGCUUGAUCUCUGAUUCGAUUUGGUUCGGUUGGUUGUUCUAUGUGAACCCGAUCUCGUACAGUUACGAGUCCGUUUUGACGAAUGAGUUCACUGGUCGUAAUAUGGAGUGCAACCCAUCUCAGUUGGUUCCUCAGGGCCCUAAUGUUGACCCGCAGUACCAGGGCUGUGCUCUGACUGGAUCAACUCUUGGUAGUACUUCUGUUUCUGGAUCUCAGUACUUGGCAACCAACUUCCAAUUCACGCGUCACCACAUGUGGCGUAACUUCGGUGUCAUCAUUGCCUUUACUGUCCUGUACAUCCUGGUCACUAUCUGGGCAGCUGAGUUCCUCUCGUUCGGCGGCGGUGGUGGCGGUGCUCUGGUCUUCAAGAAGUCUAAGCGUGCUAAGAAUAUCGCUGCUCAGACUACCAACGGGAACGAUGAGGAGAAGGUCGCCAACGCCACCGACAAUGCCGCUCUCGCCCAGGGUAAGGGCUCUUCUGGUGAGGAUGCUGCUUUCAGCCGUCUUUCCGAGAGUGAGCGUUGCUUCACCUGGCAGAACGUUGAAUACACAGUCCCCUACGGAAACGGAACACGCAAGCUUCUCAACGAUGUCAAUGGCUACGCUAAGCCUGGUGUCAUGAUUGCUCUGAUGGGUGCCUCCGGUGCCGGGAAGACUACUCUGCUGAACACUCUGGCUCAGCGCCAGAAGAUGGGUGUCGUCACUGGAGAAAUGCUCGUCGAUGGCCACAACCUUGGACCUGACUUCCAGCGUGGUACUGGUUUCUGUGAGCAGAUGGAUCUGCACGAUAACACCUCGACCAUUCGUGAAGCUUUUGAGUUCUCUGCGAUCCUCCGCCAGCCCCGUGAAACUCCACGUCAGGAGAAGAUCGAGUAUGUCGACCGUAUCAUUAACCUUUUGGAACUUGAGGAUAUCCAGGACGCCAUUAUCGGCUCUCUCAAUGUCGAGCAGAAGAAGCGUGUCACCAUCGGUGUGGAACUUGCAGCCAAGCCCAGUCUUCUUCUGUUCCUUGACGAGCCUACUAGUGGUCUCGACAGUCAGGCCGCGUUCUCAAUUGUCCGAUUCCUCAAGAAGCUCUCCCAAGCUGGUCAAGCCAUCGUCUGUACCAUCCACCAGCCCUCUUCCAUGCUCAUCCAGCAAUUUGACAUGAUCCUCGCCCUGAACCCCGGCGGUAACACGUUCUAUUUCGGCCCCGUCGGCAAGGAAGGCGCCGCAGUGAUCAAGUACUUUGGCGAUCGCGGCUUCGUCUGUCCACCCUCCAAGAAUGUCGCCGAAUUUAUCCUCGAAACUGCCGCAAAAGCAACCCAGCGCAACGGCAAACACGUCGACUGGAACGAAGAAUGGCGCAACUCGGACGAAAACCGUGCCAUGCUGGCUGAAAUCGAACGCAUCCGCACAGAGCGCAGCAAAAUCCCCAUCGAGCAAUCAAACGGCACCCAAAACGAAUUCGCCGCGCCAACCUCCACCCAAACAAUCCAACUCACAAAACGUCUCUUCCUCAACUACUGGCGUGACCCAUCCUACUACUACGGCAAACUCUUCGUCAGCGUCAUCAUCGGCAUCUUCAACGGCUUCACCUUCUGGAUGCUCCCCAAUACAGUGGCAUCCAUGCAAGACCGCAUGUUCUCCGUCUUCCUAAUCAUCCUAAUCCCGCCAAUUGUCCUGAACUCCAUCGUCCCCAAAUUCUAUAUCAACCGCGCCCUCUGGGAAGCCAGAGAGUACCCGUCCCGCAUCUACGGCUGGGUCGCCUUCUGUACAGCAAACGUCGUUUGCGAAAUUCCAGCAGCCAUCAUCUCAGGUCUGAUCUACUGGCUGCUGUGGUACUACCCCGUCGGCUUCCCAACAGACUCCUCAACAGCGGGCUACGUCUUCCUCAUGUCAAUGCUCUUCUUCCUCUUCCAAGCAUCAUGGGGCCAAUGGAUCUGCGCCUUCGCGCCCUCCUUUACAGUCAUCUCGAACGUCCUCCCCUUCUUCUUCGUCAUGGUCAACCUGUUCAACGGUAUCGUCCGUCCCUACGCCAACUACCCCGUCUUCUGGAAAUACUGGAUGUACUACGUUAACCCGACUACCUGGUGGCUGCGUGGUGUCCUCUCUGCCGUUUUGCCCGCUGUCCAGGUCGACUGUGCGACCCAGGAAGCGACGCAUUUCAAUCCCCCGCCUGGUCAGAGUUGUGAGGCUUAUGCUGGUGACUUUGUUAGUCAGCUUGCUAAGGUUGGGUAUCUGGUUAACCCUGAUGCUACAUCUGAUUGCCAGUAUUGUCCCUAUAAGGACGGGUCCGAGUACAUGGCCAAUCUGAAUGUCCAUGCUGGUGAUAAGUGGCGUUGUUUUGGUAUCUUCUUGGCUUUUGUUAUUAUUAACUGGGCUUUGGUUUACUUCUUUAUUUACACCGUUCGUGUGAGAGGUUGGGGCUUUGGUCUUGGGUACCUCUUUGGUGGUGCUGGAUUGAUUGUUGAUCGUGUUAAGGGUCUGUUCAAGGGGAAGAAGAGUGAGCAGGCUUGA